CCUCACUAGUUACCACAGCCACAAAGUUAUUAAUUCCGCCUAUUUCUACAAUUUAUCUACUUGGAACCUUACUCAAUCCACACUGCUACUCGUAUGCCUAACCCUAAAUUAAUACCAAAACUCAUUUUUAUUUUAUUUUAGGAAUUUUCUACGAUACAGGCUGUGGUAACUAGUGGACAACUAGUUUCCGUCCUUCAUCCAACGAGUUAGCAAACCAGCAUUAGCAUCUCAAUAAUCCCUGUCAACCUGAGUAAAUACAGACUCGUUGGAGAAUUCGCCAGUGUUGGACUCCCUGGAAAUAUGACGCUAUUUCAUUUCGGGAAUUGCUUUGCCUUGGCUUAUUUCCCCUACUUUAUCACCUACAAGUGCAGUGGACUCUAGUCACCCUUAUUGGGCUCCCGAGUGGCGCAGCAGUCGAAGGCACGGCAUCUCAGUGCAAGAGGUGUCACUACAGUCCCUGUUUCGAAUCUAGGCUGUAUCAUAUCUGGCCGUGAUUGGGUGUCCCAUAGGGCGGCGCACAAUUGGGCCAGCGUCGUCCGGGAUCAGAAUACAAUGCAUUUUGGAGAUGUGUUCAAGCAGGAGCUACCUACCUAUUUGUGCAGCUAUGCAAGAUGCUAUUUCUAGCCACUUUCUUCCCCACAUGGGAGGGAGGAGCUGGUGUGUAUGACUUUGUUGGUGAGUUUAUGAAGGCCACGGUGGACCUAGCAGACCUUCUGGGCCUGCAUCUGGUCAUGUCCAGGAACGCAGGGAAGGGAGAGUACAAGAUCAUGGUGGCAGCGAUGGGAUGGUCCACAGCAGAGCUCGUUAUGUCAAGGUGUAUACCUCUAUGGGUGGGUGCCAGAGGCAUUGAGUUUGACUGGAAGUACAUACAGAUGAGCUUCGACUCCAACAUCAGCCUGGUGCACUAUAUCGCCAUGGCAGCAGUGGUGUGGAUGUUCACGCGGUACGACCUCCCGAAGAGCUUCCGUCUGCCUGUGACUGUACUGCUAGGGCUGUGUGUAUACAAGGCCUUCCUCAUGGAGUUGUUUGUCCAUGUGUUCCUGCUGGGGAGCUGGACAGCCCUCCUGGUGAAGGCGGUGCUCACUGGAUCCAUCUCCCUCUGUUCUCUCUUCCUCUUCGUCACACUGGUGCACAGUAACUGAGACUGGCUGCGACCCCAAACAAAGAGGGUCUUUAACACACACACACACAGGGCCUUUCAACCAGACUUUGCCUGUAAAGAUUAAUUUUGUAUCACACAGAAAGAGGGCAGGAAUGUGAGCAUUCAUGGUUUGACUUUUUUAAUGUUGUGAUACUACUUUUUUAUGUAUGAUUUAUUAUUGUGCUGAAUUAGUACGGUAGAUUGAGUAUUUAUAACAAUUGGAUGACAGUGGAUGCCUCUUAAGCGUUGUAGUACAGUUACUAAACUACUUUGACAUCUAAGCUGAUGGUACAAUACUGUUGUUACUCUGUGUGCUCACCUGCAUUACUGCAGAUAUGAAAGAGAUUAACUUUAUCUCAUUUGACAUGAUGAAAUACAAAUGUUGGUGCACUUGUCACAUGACUGAAGCAGCAUAAUGGCGUAUUUAUGUUGUCGUAAGAUGACAUAAAACAUGGUAGCAGUGGGUUAUCCUACUCUAUGGAAACUUAGUGAGGUGUGAGUGAAUGGCCAAUAAAUGACUUAAUAUGCUA